CUGUGCUGCUAGAUGGUAAAACAGCCCCCAUGUUGCCUCCACGUGCUCCCCAGAGGGUCGAGGGUGAAGUUGUUGUUGAGAACGGACAGGGGCUAAACUUCCUGUUCCCUGUUGUGUAAAAAGAUCAUUUUUGGUUUCUUUUCGUGUGAUAUUCAGAUGGUUAUUUGGUGCCAGAGCAGUGCAGCAGCCAAAUGAUCAAUGUGAGGUUUGGUUUUGCGAUUAUCACCAAACGGAAUCAACAACACACUUUUACUAGAGCUGCUACAGUAUGAAUGAGAGUAAAUGGGGCAUAUAAACCAACUAAAAGGUUUCUCAACUCAUUAGUACUGAUCAUGAUUGAAAUUCUGUCAAGGGUUACUAUUCCAUUUAGCCUUAGCUUCAUUAUGUUACUCGGCAAACAAACCACUCAUUCCACUUUGCAGAAUGGAGUUAAAGAAGUUGUCCAGCAAAAAACAUGUAAUUUGGGCAAAUUUUGCUGCAACACUGUGGAGAAAUACACUGUGAUGGCCUUUUAAAUACAUACUAGAGCACAUGCCCGGUAGAUUACUAACAUAAAGACAGUAGUUUGACUAUUUACAUCUCAAUUGUCUAGACAGAAGAACUUUGAGUGGUAAAUUCCUUCUUCAAGUGUAUUAAUUACUUAAUCAUCCCCCCAUGGUUUAUAUUUACUGGUGACCAAAGCAACAUGCCCCCACCGACGCAGAACCUUGACUUUUCUACCAAUCAUCAGUAGCCUGAAGCUUGAUUAAAAUAAGACACCUAAAGCGAGGAGGAUGCUAAUAUCACGGAGCCAACAGCUCUAAUAACUAUAAACCAUAAAUGGCACACAAAUGAUCUGGGUUCAAGCUCCAAAUAGUCUAUAGCAAUUUGAUUAAGCACAAGCUAAUUAAGAAACUCAUUUUACAACAGCAUGAAGGCUUUGGUCACACUUGAAUGAAAAGUUAUUUUAAAUUGUAUUUAAAUGUAUUCACAUGUCCAAUACCAUUCACGGUUGUCGGUUAGGCUUCAUUCUUAGGCUGCAGUGUUUUUUUGUUGUUUUAGAAAGCUAACAGAAAAUAAGUGGAGAGAGACAUACAGCAAAGCUCUCUAGUCAGACUCAAACCAGGGAUGUUUAAACCCCUUUAACACUUGGAUCCACUUAGGUUUUACUCAACUAAUUAAACAGUUUUUGCAUCCAGAGCAACUUUCUUUGUGAUUAGUUUAUAAAAUAAAAACUCCAUUCUGCUUCUUCUUUCACUUGGUUUCUGCACUGCUUGCAGGCUAAAAAAAAAUCACCUGACACACUUGGAAAAAACAGGAAAGAUCUUUUCACUUUUGCCAUAAGUGGCGGAUUUUGUAAAUCGAACCUCGCCUCAACAGACAACUUCACUCUAGAACAGGAGGAGGAGGAGGAGGAGGAGGAGGAGGAGCUUGGAACCAACAUGGCCGCCCCUGUGGGUGCCCCUUCCUAUUCACUUCCUACUUUCCCUUCUCUUCCAUUGAUAUCAACAACAGACGUCAAUGACAGACGCAUUUCGCAGAGUCAUUGAUGGAAAUCCAAUCAGAUCUUUGAUUUCAAAGAGACUAAAGUGUGAGUCGCUCCAUGAAGGACAAAGUGACCAAACCCACUGCCAUGGCCCAGGGUCGUGUUGCCCACAUGAUCGAGUGGCAGAGCUGGGGCAAACCAUCUGCAGGGCCGAUGGGGAGCGCAGGGCAUACCAACCUGCAGAGGGAAAAGGAGAGGAGGAUGGAAAACGACGCCUACAGCGACCUCAGUGAUGGCGAGAAGGAAGCUCGCUUUGCUGCAGGCAUCAUGCAGCAGUUUGCAAUCUCUGAGGCGACUCUGUUUGGCUGGAACUCGAUGGAUGGGGAGAGUAUGGGAGCCGGCUCCAACCAGGGCAGCGUCGCUCAUCUCAGUGAGGUCAACCAGGAGAGCAUCACCAGCAGAGACCAGGUGCUCCACCACUCCUCUGCGGAUGUCUGGCCUCACACCUACGUCUCACAGGGCCUGUACUGCCUGUCGUCCUCAGAUGCCUGGGAACCAAUCACCAGCCAGCCCUCGGGCGUGGCCUCUCCUGCUGCAGGCUCCUACAUCAUGGCAACUGGUGGCAGCAGUGGAGCAGGGGGUACACCUGGUGAGGGGUAUGAGGGGACAGUAGGCGGUUACCUUCAGCAGCACCAGACUCAUUUCACCUUGCAGCAGCACAACCAGCUCCAACAGCUCCAGCACCUUCACCACUACCAGCAGCAACAGCUUCUGCAGUACCAACAACAGUCCAUGGAGCCCAGGCCACAUAGUGCCUCCCAUUCCCUCCAAGCUACUCCCAACAGCACCAUCCACAGUCUCGGUCCUCCCACCCACCCUCGGCUAGCUGACCUGUGGGGAGCUGCGCAGGUUGAGGCACACCACGUGGACAUUGUCGGACAGCUGAGUGGACAGAUGACUGAAAUGGUCGGAGGUGUAGUGGAGACAGUUGGAGAGGAGCCUGAACCAGAGUCUGAAGACAUUCCUGAGCAGCAUGAAGAGGAAGAGGAGGAGCUGACAAAGGUAGAAGAGGUAACAUUAACCUUGGAGCCGGAGCCAUGCUCUUUCACCCCGUCCCCGCUGAGGGAGGAGGUCCCCCCCACUAGAGGCUCAAGCCCAGGACUGCCAUUACAGAUUGCCGAAUCUGUCGCGGAGAGGAAACCGUUUGACGUUACGCCCUGCGUUGUCCAAUUGCUGGAGAAGGACGAAGAGGCGGAGGAGGGCUCUAUUGUUGUUGUUGCAACCAACUGAAUUAUAGGGCCAAAAAAACAAAAACAGGAAAUAAAUACUUCAAUAAUCAAUCAAGCUAUUCUAUCCCAACCCCAACCCCCUCCCCACUAUUUACCCACUUUGAGUCCGAGGAAAUGCAACUUUUUCAGAUGAAAACGUGGGAUGUAAUGUACACAAACUAAAUGCCAAGAAGCCCCCCCCUCCCGCCCCCCUCUAAGUUACAGCAGGAAAUGUGGAAUAUGUAUGUGACAAUGAACACAAAAUGAAAAUUUAAGAGACUUCAAUUCAGUGACUGCUGAAACAAGCUGUGUGAGAAGAAGUUUGGACCACUCGGACCAAAGAACCAGGACUAAAAGCUGAACAGUAGGCUAAUGGAUGGAUGUGAAAUAAUAAAAAAAAAAGUGUAGAUGAAGGUAGGACAAGAAGAGGAGAGGAAGGGCCAGCUGAAAAUACAGUGCAAUACAACAACCAUGGACACAACAAGACUUGGGUCAAAAAGUAUUUGCAAGUAAUUCUGAGUGCUUGGUUCGAGUUGCGUUUAGGACCAGAAGUAGGCGCCUCACAACGGAAAAUGUAGCUGGUCCAAGAGAGUUUGAUUUGCUAAUUGAUGUAUUUUGCUUUGAUUGACAGCUUGUUAAGAUGUUCUGAUGAGGUAAACCCAGUCCAAUCUGAUUCUCAAGAGUGACCUGUGGCACACACUUGGAGUCAUUUGCAAACACAUGAUCUGGACACAACCAACAGAAAGUGCAUGCUUUUUAACAGUGACCUAGCCCUACCAGUAUAACACAGUAUACAAAGUAAUAAUAUAUCAAAUUGCUUUUUAUAAUAAAAGAAAAAAAUCCAAUAAACUGAUAUGUAUUUGUAUGAAUGUAAGACUGUAUGUACGUAUGUUUGUAUGAAUGUAGCUUUGUGUGUAAAAUAUAUAUAUUCUGGGAAACGGA